AUGUCCGACUUCGAUAAGUAUUCAACUCCGUUGUCAUCGAGAUAUGCCUCCGAGGAAAUGUCGCGCAUUUUCUCCUUGAGAAACAGGUUUUCCACGUGGAGAAAGUUAUGGCUCAACCUCGCCAAAGCGGAGCAAGAGGUGGGUCUCGAUAUGAUCACAGACGAGGCCAUUGAGCAGAUGUCGCGUAACUUGGAGAUCACCGACAAGGAGAUUCAAGAGGCCGCGGUGGAAGAGAGCAAAGUGCGCCACGAUGUCAUGGCCCACGUUCAUGUCUUUGGUGAGACAUGCCCCGAGGCCGCUGGUAUUAUCCACUUGGGAGCCACCUCGUGCUUUGUCACCGAUAAUGCCGAUUUGAUUUUCUUGAGGGACGCUUACGACGUUUUGAUUCCCAAGUUGGUGAAUGUUAUCGACAGAUUGAGCAAGUUUGCUUUGCAGUACAAGGACUUGCCCGUGUUGGGGUGGACCCAUUUCCAGCCUGCCCAAUUGACUACCGUGGGCAAGAGAGCGACUUUAUGGUUACAGGAACUCUUGUGGGACUUGAGAAACAUGGUGAGAGCCAGAAACGAUAUUGGCUUGAGGGGAGUCAAGGGUACCACGGGUACUCAAGCAUCGUUCUUGGCCUUGUUCCAUGGCGACCACGAUAAAGUUGAGGAGUUGGACAAGAGAGUGACUCAGCUUUUGGGCUUUGAUACCGUUUACCCAUGCACGGGGCAAACUUACUCGCGUAAGAUUGAUAUCGAUGUCUUGGCUCCGCUUGCCUCGUUUGGGGCCACGGCACACAAGUUUGCCACCGAUAUCAGAUUGUUGGCCAAUUUGAAGGAAAUUGAAGAACCAUUUGAAAAAUCGCAAAUUGGAUCGAGUGCCAUGGCCUACAAGCGUAACCCCAUGAGAUGCGAACGUGUGUGUUCCUUGGCCAGACAUCUUGGCGGCUUAUACAACGAUGCCGUGCAAACUGCAUCAGUGCAAUGGUUUGAAAGAACUUUGGACGACUCUGCAAUCAGAAGAAUCAGUUUGCCCUCGGCGUUUUUGACUGUUGAUAUUCUCUUGUCCACGAUGCUCAACAUCACCUCUGGCUUAGUUGUCUACCCCAAGGUUAUUGAGCGUAGAAUCAACUCGGAGUUGCCAUUCAUGGCUACUGAAAAUAUCAUCAUGGCCAUGGUGGAAAAAGGUGGCUCAAGACAAGAGUGCCACGAGGAAAUUAGAGUCUUGUCGCACCAAGCCUCCGCCGUUGUCAAGCAAGAAGGUGGUGAUAACGACUUGAUUGAAAGAGUCAAAAAUACCGAAUAUUUCAAGCCCAUUUGGAGCCAAUUGGACCAGUUGUUGGACCCAAGCACAUUUGUGGGAAGAGCUCCUCAACAAACGGAAAAAUUCGUCAAAAAUGACGUUGCCAAGGCAUUGGAACCUUUUAAAAACCAUAUCUCCGAAGAAAACGUUGCUUUGAAAGUUUGA